UCUGGCUUCUUGCUCUUCUGCCCCAAUCCAUUGAAUUCGCUACCUGCUCGCAGAAACUUUCUCCAAAACCCUAUCGAAUUCCUCAUCGUCCAGCUCUAGAUCCAUCUCUUCCUCGUUUUGGCCUCUGGAUUCUCUGCUUGGAUCCUCGUUUCUUCCAACUAGGGCUUCCUUUUUUUCGUCGAUGCCUUGACGAUUUUGUUUGUUCUCAGCUUUGGUUUCGCUUUCGGUCUGCUUAGGUUUUAGUGCGGAAGCUGAAAUUCUCGUACCUUUUUUUUGUUUGUUGUUUGUUUUCCUGUUUUUUGAUUGGAAUUUUGCGAUGGAUGGUAAUAAUUGGAGGCCUGCUGCUCAAACUCAAGCUUCAGCUGCAGCUCCAGCUCAAGCUCAAGCUCAUGCUCAAGCUGAGCCACCGACCACCAUGGACGCGGGCGAUUGGAGGACCCAAUUACGACCUGAUUCACGGCAAAGGAUUGUCAACAAGAUAAUGGAUACUUUAAAGAGGCAUAUUCCCUUUUCAGGCCAAGAAGGGUUGCAUGAACUGAAGAAAUUUGCUGUCAGGUUUGAGGAAAAGACAUAUUCUGCAGCGACAAACCAGAAUGAAGCUCACGUAAUCUCGCUGCUUGAUCUAGCGAGUUGGAUCAAGCAAUGAGAUUUGCCACGUGUCAGGAGCAGCUUAUUUUUCAGGCAAAUCUCGCUGGACCAAGCAAUGAGAUUUGCUUGCCACGGUUGAGAUCCAUGACGGUGGCUUCGUUCUAUUUGGCCACUCUCUGCCAGGCUUCGUCGAUCGGUGUUCCCAGGGACAGCAACGCUGGCGGUCUGAGCGAUGGAGAUGGCGAGGAAGUGCAGAGCAAGUUCAGCGGAUGCUUUGGAUCUCUGGGAUCCUUGGAGGAAUCCCUUCCCAUCAAGAACCCUGCUUGCGAUCAAGCACUGGUUGUCAAGAAACUACAAAUCAUCAUCAUCAUCAUCAAACGGCUUCUACUGCUCCCCAAACCCAACCUCCAUGCCCAUUCUCCAGGCCUUCGAUGAACACGAAGAAGAAGAGGACGAAGCUGCUGAUGACGAGGAUGACGAAGCUGAAGGGAGGAAGCUCAGAAUUGGCCUAAAAUCACAAUAUCAAAGUUGUUUCUCACUCACAGAUCUGCAGCAUGCUUGAUCUUAUCUCUAGUUUUCUGUCUCAAUGAAAAUAUAAUAUAUUAUAUUAUACAUAAUUAUAUAUUAUAUAAUUUUAUAAAUAAAUAGAUUAUCCUUUUUAGUUA